AUGGAAAGCGACAAACAAAACACAGAGAAAGAGCCUCAGCACUGGAAAAGUUGCAAGUUGCUGAUUGACCCCGCACUGACAAAUGGACUGUACAAAGUGUGUCGCUUUGAUGGGAAAUUUUUUAACAUUCCCGACAUAGGUCUGUUUCCUGUGGACACAGUCAGGGAUCCACGCAUCUGCCGCCUGUGGAGCAAAUACAACAAGACAGACUUCAUACUUCCUAAAUUUAAGGUUGAUGAAUGGUACGUUGGCCCCGUUCCUCCCAAAGAAGUGACAUUUUCCAAGUUGAACGACAAUGUGAGGGAGACGUUUCUCACCAACAUGUGCAGCAAAUAUGGGAACGUCGAAGACGUGGAAAUAUUCUACAAUCCCAAGAACAAGAAGCACCUGGGGAUUGCAAAGGUAGUCUUUGACACGGUGAGGGGCGCGAGAGAGGCGGCGCAGCACCUCCAUCGGACGUCCGUGAUGGGAAACAUCAUCCAUGUGGAAGUUGAUCCUAAAGGUGCGAAUAGAGCACGAUACCUCCAGCUGCUCUUCAGUGGCCUGUAUACUCCCUGGACGUUACCGGUGGGAAGCAGUGAGCGAGCUUUGCAAAGCUUAGGCAGCACAGCCCCACAGCAGAUGUUGAGCGUCUGCAGCCCUGUCAGCAUCUCUACACCCCUCUCUUUAGACACAGCCUACUCCAGCAUAUGGCAGGACACUCCUUGCAGUUUUGGUUUAACGCCACAGUCUCAGGGAACCCCCCGCACUCCCUGCAUGUCUGCAACUCCUCUCUCCCAGGACUCUUGUUACUCCAGUCUUCAGGCGACCCCUGUCCUCCAGGGGGAGCCCUCUACUUAUAGCAUUCACAAUCAUUUAAGACGAGCUCUCUGCCAUCUGGAGCCGGACCUUGAUGUUGGGCUGAGAAGACCUGAAUCGACAGUGGAGCCUCUCAACUUGAGGCCUCUCACUCCUUCGGGCUGCUUGGAGGACAGCGACCCUGAGAAUCUUAUAGAAAUCAAACCAGCAUCCCCAGCUGUGGAGCGACCACCAACCCCAGGCAAGGGGAUAGUGGCUGACCUGCUGGGUGCAGACUCAGAUGAAGCCAGUGAGCAUCUUCACAGGUGUUGCUGUGAGGAGAAGAAAAUCCUUCAUAGUGUUUGGAAGGAGGGCCUGGAUGAAGAAGAUGCCAGGCUGCUGCUCUUUACCUAUGAAAGGCUGCACGAGCAGGGCGUUGGUGUUGGGUGGCUCAGUGACACCCUCUGGAUACCUCAUCCUCACCUUAACUUCUGCUCACUGACCAAAAUCCCAACAGAGAGGAGUGAAGAUCACAGGUCCUGGCUCCCAGUCCACAGAACCGGAUCUGCUCGCAGUGAAGGCUUCUACAGAAUCAGCAGGAAGGAUAAAAUGAAAUACCUCAACAACACAAAGCUGGCUGCUGAUCUUCAGUCUACAAGCACUCAGGGAAUGUCUCUCACAGUCCAACAACCCACAUCACUACGAGCUGGAUCUGACUUCAGGUCUGAACAGCGCCGCCUGCUGUCCUCUUUCAGCUGUGACAGUGACCUGGUCAAGUUCAACCAGCUUAAGUUUCGAAAGAAGAGAAUUCGUUUCACCCGGAGUUUCAUACAUGAGUGGGGCUUGUUUGCCAUGGAGCCUAUCGCAGCGGAUGAGAUGGUGAUUGAAUAUGUGGGACAAAUCAUCAGACAGGUCAUUGCGGACAUGAGGGAGCAGAAAUACGAGGAUGAGGGGAUCGGAAGCAGCUAUUUAUUUCGUGUUGAUCAGGAUACCAUCAUUGACGCCACUAAAUGGGGGAAUUUAGCCCGAUUUAUCAACCACAGCUGCAACCCCAACUGUUACGCAAAGAUCAUCACUGUGGAGUCUCAGAAGAAGAUCGUGAUCUACUCCCGUCAGCCAAUAAGUGUCAAUGAAGAAAUUACCUACGACUACAAGUUUCCCAUUGAGGAAACAAAGAUUCCUUGUUUGUGUGGGGCAGAGAACUGCAGAGGAUCCCUGAACUGA